AUGAAAUCUGAGCUCGUGUUCGUACCUUAUCCUGGAAUCAGCCACCUCAGAUCAACGGUGGAGAUGGCAAAGCUACUAGUCGACCAAGAAACUCGCCUCUCCAUCACCGUACUCAUCCUCCCUACUCUUUACGGUGGCGAAGUCGGUGAUCCUGUUCUCUCCGCCGCAUCCUCCGACCACCGUAUCCGCUACGAAGUCAUUUCCGGCGAAAACCAACAAUCCUCCGAGCCGAGGAAUCUUGACUCACAUGUCGAGAAUCAGAUUCCAGAGGUGAGACGCGUCACUGCGAAACUCGUCCACGACUACUCGACGUCACCAAACUCGCCGAAAAUCGCUGGCUUCGUCGUCGACAUGUUCUGCACCUCCGUGAUCGACGUCGCGAACGAGUUUGGUCUUCCGAGUUAUCUCUUUUACACCUCUAACGCUGGUGUUCUCGGACUCGGAUUUCACGUCCAGAGACUGUACGAUGAUGGUAAAUACGACGUGAGCGAAACCGAGUUCCAAGACUCGGAGUCCGAGUUGAUCGUACCGAGCUUGGCUCGUCCUUAUCCGGUGAAAUGGCUUCCUUAUGCUCUCGUAUCGAAAGAGUGGCAACAGAUCUUUAUAACUCAAGCGAGAAGAUUCAGAGGGAUGAAGGGUAUUUUGGUAAAUACAUUCGCUGACCUUGAACCUCAUGCGUUGAAGUAUCUAUCGAGUGGUGGUUAUGAUGAUGCUCCUCCUGUUUAUCCAGUAGGACCACUGUUGCAUCUCGCUGACGAAUCCAAGAAGCAAUCGGAGAUUUUCGAAUGGCUUGACGAGCAACCGGAGAAAUCGAUAGUGUUCCUCUGUUUCGGGAGCAUGGGAGGAUUCAGUGAGGAACAAGCUAGAGAAAUCGCAGUCGCGCUCGAACGAAGCGGCCACCGUUUCCUCUGGUCGCUUCGUCGCGCAUCUCCGGGUACAAAAUCUCCUGGAGAGUUCGUGAAUCUUGAGGAGAUUCUCCCGGAAGGAUUCUUUGAUCGGACUAAAGAGAGAGGGAGAGUGAUCGGAUGGGCUCCACAGGUGGCGGUGCUAGCGAAUUCGGCGAUCGGAGGUUUUGUUACUCAUUGCGGGUGGAAUUCGACGUUAGAGAGCCUCUGGUUCGGCGUUCCGACGGCACCGUGGCCGUUAUAUGCAGAGCAGAAAUUUAACGCGUUUCUGAUGGUGGAGGAGCUUGGAUUGGCGGUGGAGAUAAAGAAGCAUUGGAGAGGCGAUCUUAUGGCCGGAGCGGCGGCUAUGGAGACCGUGAAGGCGGAUGAGAUAGAGAGAGGGAUUAGGUGUUUGAUGGAGCAAGAGAGUGACGUGAGGAAGAGAGUGAAGGAGAUGAGCGACAAGUGCCACGAGGCUUUGAUGGACGGUGGAUCGUCGAGGGUUGCGUUGAAAAAGUUUAUUGAAGACGUUAUGAAGAAUACAUUUGGAUAG